CUAUGCCGCUGGAGAAUCUGGAGGAAGAGGGUCUUCCCAAGAACCCUGACCUGCGCAUCGCACAGCUGCGCUUCCUGCUCAGCUUACCCGAGCACCGUGGGGACGCGGCCGUGCGCGACGAGUUGAUGGCGGCUGUCCGCGACAAUAACAUGGCUCCUUAUUACGAAGCCUUGUGUAAAUCCCUUGAUUGGCAGAUGGACAUGGACCUGCUCAAUAAAAUGAAGAAAGCAAAUGAAGACGAGUUGAAACGUUUGGAUGAGGAGCUGGAAGAUGCAGAAAAGAAUCUGGGAGAGAGCGAAAUCCGAGAUGCAAUGAUGGCAAAGGCUGAGUACCUCUGCCGCAUCGGUGAUAAGGAAGGAGCUCUGACGGCCUUUCGCAAGACAUAUGACAAAACUGUGGCCCUGGGUCACCGACUGGAUAUUGUCUUCUAUCUCCUCAGGAUUGGCUUAUUUUACAUGGAUAAUGAUCUCAUCACACGAAACACAGAAAAGGCUAAAAGCUUAAUAGAGGAAGGAGGAGAUUGGGACAGGAGAAACCGCCUAAAAGUUUAUCAAGGUCUUUAUUGUGUGGCUAUUCGUGAUUUCAAACAGGCAGCUGAACUCUUUCUUGACACUGUUUCAACAUUUACAUCAUAUGAACUUAUGGAUUAUAAGACCUUUGUGACUUACACAGUCUAUGUCAGCAUGAUUGCCUUAGAAAGACCAGAUCUCAGGGAAAAGGUUAUUAAAGGGGCAGAGAUUCUUGAAGUGUUACACAGCCUUCCAGCAGUUCGGCAGUAUCUGUUUUCACUCUAUGAAUGUCGUUACUCAGUUUUCUUUCAGUCCUUAGCUGUUGUGGAACAAGAAAUGAAAAAGGACUGGCUAUUUGCUCCUCAUUAUCGAUACUAUGUAAGAGAAAUGAGAAUUCAUGCAUACAGCCAGUUGUUGGAAUCGUAUCGGUCACUAACCCUUGGAUACAUGGCAGAAGCAUUUGGUGUUGGUGUGGAAUUCAUUGAUCAAGAACUCUCCAGAUUUAUUGCUGCUGGGAGACUACACUGCAAAAUAGAUAAAGUGAAUGAAAUUGUUGAAACCAACAGACCUGAUAGCAAGAACUGGCAGUACCAAGAAACUAUCAAGAAAGGAGAUCUACUUCUAAACAGAGUUCAGAAACUUUCCAGAGUAAUUAAUAUGUAAAACCACAUAAACUAAGGAUUUCUUUGGGAUUAUUACUUGAAAUUUUAUAGCUUACGUCAUUACUUCAUUAUGUUCCCUGCUCAACUGUGUUAAAUAAAGGUGGCAUCAUUGUUUCAA